CCGCGAGUCGCCGACAUGGGCCGGGCCCGGCCGGGCGAGCGCGGGCCGCCCAGCCCCGGCCCCACCGAGCCGCCCGCGCCCCCGCCGCGCCGCGGCCGCAUCCUGGCACUGCUCGGAGCGCUGUUCGCCGCCGCCGCGGCCGCCGCCGCCGCGCGGGCCUUCGCCCGCCACUCCGAGGCCCAGGCGGCCGCGCGGCAGGAUUCAGCACUGAAAGCCCUGGGGACAGAAGGCCUCUUCCUCUUUUCCUCCCUGGACACUGACCAGGACAUGUACAUCAGCCCUGAGGAGUUCAAGCCCAUCGCCGAGAAGCUGACAGGCAUAGCCCUGAUUCUUCAGAACAGGAAUUUGCAUCAAGAGCCACUGGGGAGCACUAAUCGGAAGCACGUUUUCCUGAUUCUGGUCCCUGAAGACUUUGACUCAAUAGGGUCAACUCCUUCGGCCAGCUACGAGGAGGAGGAGCUGCCCCCUGACCCCAGCGAGGAGACACUCACCAUAGAAGCGCGAUUCCAGCCUCUGCUCCCAGAGUCCAUGACCAAGAGCAAAGAUGGGUUCCUGGGGGUCUCCCGCCUGGCCCUGUCCGGCCUCCGCAACUGGACGUCCGCAGCCUCGCCAAGUGCGGUGUUUGCCACCCGCCACUUCCGGCCCUUCCUUCCCCCUCGAGGCCACGUGGAGCUGGGCGAGCCCUGGUGGAUCAUCCCCAGUGAGCUGAGCGUCUUCACCGGCUAUCUGUCCAACAACCGCUUCUACCCACCACCACCCAAGGGCAAGGAGGUCAUCAUCCACCGGCUCCUGAGCAUGUUCCACCCUCGGCCCUUCGUGAAGACCCGCUUUGCCCCUCAGGGGGCCGUCGCCUGCCUGACUGCCAUCAGUGACUUCUACUACACGGUGAUGUUCCGCAUCCACGCCGAGUUCCAGCUCAGUGAGCCGCCCGACUUCCCCUUCUGGUUCUCACCAGCUCAGUUCACUGGCCACAUCAUCCUCUCCAAAGACGCCACCCACGUCCGCGACUUCCGGCUCUUCGUGCCCAACCACAGGUCUCUGAAUGUGGACAUGGAGUGGCUAUACGGGGCCAGUGAGAGCAGUAACAUGGAGGUGGACAUCGGCUACAUACCCCAGAUGGAGCUGGAGGCCACGGGCCCCUCAGUGCCCUCUGUGAUCCUGGACGAGGACGGCAACAUGAUCGACAGCCGCCUGCCCUCAGGGGAGCCCCUCCAGUUUGUGUUUGAGGAGAUCAAGUGGCAGCAGGAGCUGAGCUGGGAGGAGGCCACCCGGCGCCUGGAGGUGGCCAUGUACCCCUUCAAGAAGGUCACCUACCUGCCGUUUACCGAGGCCUUUGAGCAAGCCCAGGCCAAGAACAAGCUGGUGCACUCAAUCCUGCUGUGGGGGGCCCUGGACGACCAGUCCUGCUGAGGUUCAGGGCGGACUCUCCGGGAGACUGUCCUGGAAAGUUCGCCCAUCCUCACCCUUCUCAAUGAGAGCUUCAUCAGCACCUGGUCCCUGGUGAAAGAGCUGGAGGACCUGCAAAACAACCAGGAGAACCCGUCCCACAAGAAGCUGGCCGGCCUGCACCUGGAGAAGUACAGCUUCCCCGUGGAGAUGAUGAUCUGCCUGCCCAAUGGCACCGUGCCCUCCUCGCAGGUUCACCACAUCAACGCCAACUACUUCUUGGACAUCACCUCCAUGAAGCCCCAGGACAUCGAGAACAAUGUCUUCAGCUUCUCGUCCACCUUUGAAGACCCGUCCACAGCCACAUACAUGCAGUUCCUGCAGGAGGGCCUUCGCCGCGGCAUGCCUCUCCUCCAGCCCUAGUGUGCCCGCCUGGCCCAGCCAUGAGAAGCCAGGCUGGACGGGGGCCGCUCGGCCCCUCUGCCCCGAGGUCCUCACACAUUUCACACAGCAGGCCCUCCCACUGCACCUGUCAGGCGCCUGUGGGCCCGGGGUCAGCCAAGGGUGGCAUCCGAGCUUUGCCUCAGUGAUGAGGAGACAAGGGAUCUUGGGCUGACCAGGUGGGGGGAUCUCUAGCUGCAGCUGCCAACAUCAGCUUUUUACUGCCUGCCUGGCUCCGGAAGCUGCUCAGGGGCCUGGGGGCAUCUCCCUGGACUGCACCCACUCAGGCAUAUGGCCCAGGCCCUUGAGGGGUAAACAGGAGGAAAGAGUGGGUGCUGGGAAGAAAGGGCCACCCCUCUCUCCUAACUCUCCCCUCUCCCAGAAGAAACAUCCAGAAGCCCUGGCCUGGGGGUGGGGGAGGCUAUCAAGGAAGCACUCCUGUUUGUCUGGAGCCUUCUUGCUGUAGCCCUGGCUCCGUCCUGUGCCAGUGGGGUCGGUCUUAGGGGAGAGAACCUUCUGGAAGCUGUCAGGACGGAACCCUCCUUCAGAAGGGGAGGUCACACUGCCCCUGCUGCUCCCGAGGUGGUUCAUGUGCGACCUGAUGACAGGACCCCAGAACCUAUUUCAGGACUUGCUGGAGGCCAGCUCCCUGGGGGAGGUUUACUGUGAAGUAGGCUCCUUGGCACGGGUCCGCGGAGGCCCAGGACCACAGCAGCCCUACCACCCACCCUAGCGCAGGACUGCUAGAGCCAGUGUCCCCACAAUACCAACUCCUGCCCCUCGGACCGCAACCCCACAGAAGUGCAGCCCUGCCAAGGAACACAGCCUCCCCCAGAGCUGGCGUUGUCCCAGCCUUCGGGCCGCCCAGAGCAGCUUGUCCACCACUGAGAGGCCACCGACUCUCUUUGGCCACUCUAGGGCCUUGGCCCACAUCCUAAGCCACUGACUAUAGCCAGUCUCUUUUUUAUACAUGUAAAAAAAAGUGUUUUUAUGUGAACUUUC